AUGAACAGCAACUCAUCCCCAUCUGCAGCCCUGCAGCUCUGCUAUGAGAAUGUAAAUGGGUCCUGUGUGAAAACUCCCUACUCCCCUGGGUCCCGGGUGAUCCUGUAUACAGUGUUUGGCUUUGGGGCUGUGCUGGCUGUGUUUGGGAACCUCCUGGUAAUGACCUCCAUCCUCCAUUUCAAGCAACUGCAUUCUCCCACCAAUUUCCUCAUAGCCUCUCUGGCCUGUGCUGACUUCUGUGUGGGAGUGGCUGUGAUGCCCUUCAGCAUGGUCAGGUCUGUGGAGAGCUGCUGGUACUUUGGGAGAAGUUUCUGCACUUUCCAUACAUGCUGUGAUGUGGCAUUUUGCUACUCUUCUCUCUUCCACCUGUGCUUCAUCUCUAUCGACAGGUAUAUUGCUGUCACUGAUCCUCUGGUCUAUCCCACCAAGUUCACAGUGUCUAUGUCAGGAAUUUGCAUUGGCAUCUCCUGGGUCCUGCCUCUGGUAUACAGUGGUUCUGUGUUCUACACAGGUGUCUAUGAAGAUGGGCUGGAGGAAUUAUCCAAUGCCCUCAACUGUGUAGGAGGUUGUCAGGUAGUUGUAAAUCAAAACUGGGUAUUGAUAGAUUUUCUAUCCUUCUUUAUACCUACUCUUGUUAUGAUAAUUCUGUACAGUAACAUUUUUCUUGUGGCUAGACAGCAAGCUAAGAAGAUUGAAAAUACUGGUGGCAAAACCGAAUCACCUUCAGAGAGUUACAAAGCCAGGGUGGCCAAAAGAGAGAGAAAAGCAGCUAAGACCCUGGGGAUCACUGUGGUAGCAUUUAUGGUCUCAUGGCUACCAUACAGUAUUGAUUCACUGAUUGAUGCUUUUAUGGGAUUUAUCACUCCUGCCUAUAUUUAUGAGAUUUGUGUUUGGUGUGCUUAUUAUAACUCAGCCAUGAAUCCUUUGAUUUAUGCUUUGUUUUAUCCAUGGUUUAAGAAGGCUCUUAAAGUUAUUAUGAGUGGUCAGGUUUUUAAGAAUAGUUCAGCAACCAUGAAUUUGUUCUCUGAACAAAUGUAA